AUGUCAAAUUACUACUCGAACCAACAAAACUAUGGCCAACCAUCGGCCAGCAACCUCCAGUUCUUCCCCUCCUCCUAUACCCCCGGCGUAUCGGGCACGGCGACUCCUUCGCAGGCGUACGGUGGAUAUGGCGCGCCGGCAUCACACGCAACGGCGUACGGCGGCGGCGUGACGGGGAGGAUGGGCGAGCAGGGAGGUCUUCGGACGGGUUGGCUAGCUGCGUUUUCAACGGAGGGAUAUGAGGGUGAACCCCCUCUGAUGGAGGAGCUAGGAGUCAACUUCGGUCACAUUCAAGCAAAGACACUCGCAGUCCUCAACCCCUUCAGCCGCAUCGACCAACACCUAAUGGACGACUCCGACCUCGCCGGCCCCAUCCUCUUCUUCCUUCUCUUCGGCUUCUUCCUCCUCUUCUCCGGAAAAGUCCACUUCGGCUACAUCUACGGCCUCGCCCUCCUAGGCAGCACUUCCCUCCACGCCAUCCUCUCCCUCAUGACCCCUCCCGACUCGGGCACCACCACCCCGCAAUACGGCGGUUCGACCUACCACGAAGGACCCCCGUCCGCCGCACCCGGCGGCGGCGCCGGCGGAGGACCGCACGUCUCGUCGACCCUGACGUUUGCCCGGAGCGCUAGCGUGCUAGGCUACUGCCUUCUCCCUCUUGUCGCGACUUCCCUCGUCGGCAUCGUCGUGCCCAUGGACACGCCGUUUGGCAUCGUGCUUACUAGUGCUGCUAUAUUGUGGUGCACGGCUAGCUCGAGCGGCAUGUUUUGCGCCGUGGGUAGGAUGAGGGGCAUGAGGGCUUUGGUGGCCUAUCCUCUUGCGCUGUUCUACGUUGGCUUUGGAAUCAUGGGCAUCUUUAGCAGUCGAGGAAGCGGAACGUUUGCGAGGUUACAGAAGCACUGA